AUGCAAGGCUAUCCAUAUGGUCAAUAUGUAUAUCCGAACAGUGCACAAAUGCCCGGUGCACAAAUGCCAGUUCGGUAUAUGGUGCCGUCUGGAUACAGACAACCAUCUCCACCAUUCGCUAAUCAAUCCUUUAAUAGAUAUGCGACUGUACCAUCAAAUCCUACCCCUCCACAAAAUAUGACACAACAAGUAAGAUAUCCACCAGGAUAUGCUCAACCGGAUAUGCAAAUGCCGCAUGCAUCACUUCAACAGCAAACACCUCAACAAUUACAACCACCUCAACCGUAUUAUUAUAAUCCUUAUGGUACAAAUCAAGAAGCUCCUUCCGUAACACCCGCUCCAAAAACACCAGCCUCUAAAGCCGGUGCAAAAGAAUAUAAAGAAAAAGCAUUUACAAUUGCACCAGAUGGUACACAGAGUGAAACAAUCAAAGGUCUGGUUUCGAAUAGUAAUAUUAAUGAUUUAUUAAAACAUAAAGGAACAAAAGUUAAAGUCUCUAAGAUUUAUCGAAUUACAAAAACUAAACCUGAUCUUAAGGCGGACUCUUCAAGUGAUGACGAUUUACCACUUUUAAAACCACCAUCUAGAACUCAGCAACCUCAGCCCGUUCCACAACCACAGGAAACUCAACGACCAUCUUCAUCCUCGUCGAGUUGUAGUCAUUGUUCAACAUGUAGCAAUUGUUCUUGCACUGAAUGUCGUGAUCGAAGUCGAUCUCAUGUCUAUGAUGAUUGUCCAGAAUGUCGUGCCGAAUGGAAUCGUGAACAAACAAGACAUCGGCGACGUAAAUAA